CGAAUAUGGUUUUAAAAAAAUACAAUGCGUACAGCGUUUCGUUCCAUUUCUGAAAGCAUGGUAAAAUAUUAAAUACCUUCGAUUGCAGUAAAAAUUGAAAUAAUUUCAGAUAUGUAUAGAUUAUACACACAUUGAUAACUGUUCUUGUACUCCAACGCUCUAUGUCGCUGGAAUUAGUUAUCAAUAUGCGCUUCUAUCUCACUGAAAUGUCUCUUUAACUCUUAUAGGGGCAUACAUAGUAAGACAAUAAGUGAUAGUUGGGAGAUUUAGAAUUUUUGGUACGUGUGGACAUUUCGAUAAAUCGCCUCAUUUCUUUGAUUCCGUCAUUUGAAUUGACAUUAUUUUACUGUUACGCAUAUUUUAGUCGGUUAGAGUUAAAUAUUAUUACGCUAAAGAAUAAGUAAAGUGAGAGUAAGUAAUGUCUAUGUUUAGAAUAUCUGAGUUAAUCCCCGGCGAUUACGAUAUUUUACAAUCAGCUUUUUUGCAGAUUUAAAGUUUCUUCAUCAUUCUUGCUGUGAAGAAUAUGUAAAUACAUACACAUAUGCAGCAGUCAAAAAACAAUAGUGUUUUACUUUCAAAGCACUGAAUCAAAUUAAUUAAAACAAUCAAUAAAUCAAAUGUCGGUGUGUUAUUGAAUCGAUUGGUCGCAGAGAUCGAAGAUAAGCCAAAUACUUUUCACCACAUGUAGUAUGCCUAAAACCAAUAAAGUAGAGUUAAGAUCACUACUAAAUUAAAAAGAAAAACUGGAAAAAUGUAUGUAGUUAGUUUUGAGCAAAAGAAAAUUAUUCUAUUCACUUUGUGGACUAGUGCGUGAAAUACAAAUAUUUAUGUUAAAAAAAUUACCCGUACUUGAAGUUACAGCUUAAAUUAACGGUCUUAUAUACACUGAGGGUCGCAAUCCUAGAAAAAGCGCUAACACCACAAACAGGCCAAUCUGCUUAGCCUCUUUUCUUUCUUACUAUGCUGUGACGACCUUAAUUAGCAACGCAAUGAAGUUGGUGAGUGGAGAAUAAGCUACCAAAACCAACUAAGAGUGACAAUAACAACAAUAAUCACAUAAACCACAACAAAAUGGUUCCAACAUAAUCGCAUAUAUAGAUAUAAUAUAUUAGUAAUAGGAGUCUAUCACCACGAAAUAACUGUGGCAAGAACAAUAUUAAUACAACAAAAAAGCAAGCUGAUGAUCAACAAAUGUAAACCACCACUACGCCAUGGAAGAAAGAGUAGUGACCAAGUCCAUACAUACAUACACACAGAUAUCAAUACCCGCAAAAAGAGAAAAAAUAAUGGAAUAGCUGAAUUUGUAAAAGAAGUGGGAAGCAAAGAACAUCUUUGAAAAACAGCCAAGAGGGAUAAAAAUAGAAAUUGGAAGCUAUGUGUGCGCACAAGCCGAGAACUAGCCAGUUCGUUGAAUAAAUACAACAAUAGUAAAAACACAACAGCUUCAGCCACGCUUUGAAACUAACCACUGAACUGAUGGCAAUGAAACCUACUACAAGUACCAUAUGUUUGUAUGUAUAUAUGUAUACAUUAUCGUCCACAAAAAGAAUAAUACUUGAACUUGGAUUUAUUAUGAAAUACGCAUACAUAUCUUAUACUCGUAUAUUAUUUUAUAUGUAUAUACAAAUGAAACGCUAUUUCAUUAUGUACCCGCAAAACGUCCGAACCAUAGCACGGAAAAGCCUGAAACUUUGCACAGUUAUACAUUUAUUCCUGCAGGAGGUCCUAACGGGGGCCUUUUUAGCAAAAUCAUCGUCGAUUUUGCAUCUCUAUAUGUACAUACAUACAUAUACAUAUGUAUGUAUAUUAAAGAAAGUCGUAUUAGUACAACUGAACUGAUUUGGCUGAAAAUGGGUGGGGAGGUUGCUUAGAACCAUAGAUGCUUUUUGUCUUUUUAAAACUUUAAAAGUAAAAAAAUGCAUAUAUAAAAAAUUAUAUUUCAAAUCAUAAGCAUGCGUUCAAAAAUCAUGUAAGAAUCAUACGAAUAUUUCUUUACUUUAAAAACUAUAGUUACUGUACUUAUUUACUUACUUAAGUACGUCCAUUUGGCUGCCAGCUUAACCAAUUUAUUAGGUGCAUUCUCUCGGAAAGUGCACAUCUUCUCUACAAUGAAACCUACACAUCUCUGUAUAUGUAGGGACACACAUCAACUGUCUAUGAGAAUUCUUCACUGGGUAAUUCCCAAGAUACAGUUUUCGUGUGUUUUAAUUAACCGUGUAACAUCUUAAUUAAUUGUCCCACGUGAGCUUAUACAUAUAUCUAACACGUUGGAUACACACCGUUUGGCGAAUGUGUAACUCGGAAAUGUAUGUGGUACGUAAAUGCGCUAACAUGGCCUAAGUGAGUUGCUGUAUUGUCAAUUUUCAUUCAUUUGUAAUCAUAAGGAGAGUCACGGUUUGAAAACAUUUUAAAUUUCAAAGAAUGAAACUAUAUGGCGUCCCACAGUCCAUUCAUUCAUGGAGAAUAUCUAAAAUUCCCCGAAAACAUUUUUUUUGAAUUUUAGAAUACUGUGGAUGAGACAGCAGUUUGCAAUCAAAUUUGCCCAAUAUGGCCGAGGCGACAGCAGAGGUGUGAGCCGGUAGGUUGUUAUGAUGGAGAAGGACUGUUUUUAUUAGAUCGUUUUUCUGCAAUUAGACGUCGAAUUGGCUCAAUAAUUUAGUAAUAGAGACGUGUUGCCCUUCUAGGCAGGUAGUCGAUGUAGAUGACCUUUUUGUGGGCAGCUGGGUGUGGUUUGAACUUAUUUUAAAGGAUUAUCAUCGAAGGAGAGACAUAUUGUGACGACUCCUUAUUCAAAAGCCAAUGCUCAGAGAGUCUUAGUAGUUAUCAGACCGUCCUCGUAUGGACAUAUGAAUGCGACAAGGCAUAUCAUGAAAUUUUGCAAUUGCCGACCGGUUACACCGGCAAAGCUGCAAAUUGCUUUCGCAAAUCCGUUGCUUAAUUCACUAAAUGUCUAUGAUGGUCAAUGCGUUAGCAAUGCUGCAUAUUGAACGUUCGUGGUUAUGAUAGCGUAGCCGCUGAUGAUUAAUAACUUUAGUGGCAUUGCGUAUUUGCCGUUAGUUAUUUAGUUUAUUGGCUUCUUUUUUGCAUGCAUGUAAAACAUGUGUAUAUAUUUAUUAAUUUCAGGCUUGCUUGCUCCUUUAGUGUUGUUGCUGUUUGUAGUUGAAAGUGCAGAGAAAACGUUUAAUAGAAAGUGAAAGAUAAUCUUCGAACCAGAGGUUGACCAACGCCGCCGAACAAUUACAACGAGCGCUAAUGAAAUAACAGCUUAAAAUCGCUCGCUAUAAUCGUGUAUCGUUAUAACGCGACUGAUAACCGUUAUCUAUUGUUGGUCAUUACAAAAGGCAAACUCUUCCGUUCACUCGUAAAUUUAAUUACUUCUUCGCAGCGCAACGUGCGGCGAACAACAACACCAACGACAAGUCUAGUCUUUCCCUUUGUUGAAGCGCAAAGCUCGCAAGUCAUACGUAACCAACCAUAUUUACCGAGACGGAUACACAUAAUCAACACCGCUGACAUAAAUAAAACACCAACAACGGCUCCCUCCAACACUUAUGACAUAAUGCGCGAGGACGACAUCGAAAUCGCCAUCAAGGUGGUGAUUGUGGGUAAUGGCGGUGUUGGGAAAUCAUCCAUGAUACAACGCUACUGUAAGGGUAUUUUCACCAAAGACUAUAAGAAAACAAUUGGUGUGGAUUUUCUGGAACGACAAAUCGAAAUUGACGGUGAAGAUGUGCGCAUAAUGCUAUGGGACACUGCCGGGCAAGAGGAGUUUGACGCCAUAACCAAAGCUUACUAUCGUGGUGCGCAGGCGUGUGUGCUCACUUUCAGCACGACCGAUCGAGCCUCAUUCGAGGCCAUCAGAGAUUGGAAGCGUAAAGUGGAAAAUGAAUGCAAUGAGAUACCAACCGUAAUUGUACAGAAUAAAAUUGACCUCAUCGAACAGUCAGUUGUAUCGGCAGACGAAGUGGAAACUCUGGCGCGCAAUUUGAAUUGCCGCCUCAUACGAACAUCCGUUAAGGAGGAUGUGAAUGUGGCAUCCGUUUUCCGAUAUUUGGCUACGAAAUGUCACCAGCUGAUGCUCGGCGAAAACACCGAACAGUCAUAUACACCAAAUGGUGGCAGCAGCGGCGUAAAUGGUGGUUCCAAUGGUCAUCAGCCCACAAUUAGUGCCUUCAGUCCAACAUUCACAAAGUCCAAUAGUGGCACGAUUGUGUUGCGAGCAGCCAAAAAGAGUUCAACAGCGCGGAAACGUAAAAUUGUGCUAAAGAAAUGCGGUAUUUUGUGAUUUGCGUGACAACAGCUGGCAGGUGGUGAGCAAUUGGACGAGUAGAGGAUUACAUGUGGACGAGAUGUGUGCAAGAAAAUGGGCACGAACAUGUUGAGUAAUGGAAUAUUUGAUGAUGGAGGGAAGAUUAUGCAGUUGCUUGAAAGGAGUGAAGAUGCAGUCUCCCACGGCCCACGGCCAUUGAACUCAACUAACCAUCAUAUGCUAAACUCUUUUUGACUGCUAGACUGAUAUAUAAAUAUAUGUAUAUGCACAACUGGAUAAUAAUAAAAAAAAUUUUAAGUAACAGUAA